CUAACCUAGAUCGAUUUUUUUUACUUUGUCGCUAGAAACUUUGAAAGAUGAACAAAUACCUCUGCUUUAACAAAUCCCCUUUGUCGUUUGUGGAAAGCUUGAAGACUGAAGCGAUAACGUUCGUCAGGAUGAACCAAGAGCUUCUUCUCUCAUGGCGUCGUCCAUGUCUCCCCUUUCCCACAACCAUCACAAAAUCCACCACCGUCGGCGUUGUUUUUCAACCAAUCCGAGCAACUCUUCAAACCUCGGUCGACGAAAAAGCGGAAAUUCUAACUGCGAAAGAGAAGAGAGAGUUGAGGAACGUGAAAAGAGAGGAAAACAAAUCGUAUAAUUGGAGGGAAGACGUGGAAGAAAGGCUAUUGAAGAAACCAAAGAAGCAGUUCAACUCUUGGAAGGAAGAGCUUAACCUCGACAAACUCGCGGUAAUGGGUCCCCAAUGGUGGAUCGUCAAGGUCUCCAGAGCUAAAGGUAAGGAUACUGUUGAACGGAUGAUGCAGGCACUCGCAAAGAACUUUCCUGAUGCUGAAUUUCAGGUAUUUACUGCAGCUGUUUCUGAGAAAACUAAGUUGAAGAACGGGAAGAUUUCAAUCAAACCCAAGCCUUUGUAUCCCGGAUGUGUGUUUUUGAAUUGCAUAUUGAACAGGGAACUCCACAAUUUUAUAAGAGAAGAAUGUGAAGGAGUUGGAGGAUUCGUUGGAAGAAUGGUUGGAAAUACAAAAAAGCAAAUUAACAAACCCAGGCCAGUAUCCGCAGCUGACAUGGAAGCAAUAUUUCAAGAAGUGAAGGAAAAGCAAGAAGCAACAGAUAAAGCAUUUGAAGAACAACAACAGUUAGAGAUUUUAGAGAAAAAAUCACUUCCACUUUCAGAUAAAAAAGUAUCCAAGAGUCGAUCAAGAAAACCUUCAGGGCCUGUUCUUGGGUCAACUGUUCGGAUCGUGUCAGGGCCAUUUUUGGACUUUUCAGGCACCAUAAAAAAGUUAGAUAGAAAGCGAGGAUUGGUAACUGUUGGUUUUACGUUGUUUGGGAAGGAUACUUUAGCUGAUUUAGAUGUAAGUGAAAUUGUAGAAGAGAAGAAAUGAUGCCAUAUCAUAAUCCCAAGUGGUGAGUGAGUUCUUAAGUCAUAUUUUUACCCAGUUUGGACGAUUUUACCCUUACCACUUCCCUCAUGUAGCAUCUUAGCGUGUGUGCCAUGAGGAUGCAUAAGGGUUAAAAAUGUAAUUCAAUGUUUGAUUCAUGUGCUGUAAGUUAUGAACCACGCAUCUGUUAUGGUCAAACAUCGGUCAAACUCCUAGGCCAAAUCAAGAACUUGAAAUCGACCCAUGAGCUGUAUCCAUCCAGUCAAAGGUCAACUUUCAUCUAUAGGGGAGCUGUUGUAGUUUAGAUUAGAUGUUGAUUAUGAAGUUUAUUGGACUAAAUUUAAUGAAGUUGUUAAUAUCUUUUUUUUUGUUAUCUGAAGUGCUUUUGAUAUUUGUGGCAUUAGUUUGUUCUUGAAUGAAGUUAGCUUGAUGAAAAUGGAAUAUGUUUCAUUUGAGACUUAAUGAUUAAACACUUGGAGCAAUCGCAUUGUGGACUUGAUUUAUUAAUUAGGAAGUGACAAAUAAUUGAGGAAUUGUGGUUGUGAAGUUGAAUGACAAUGUUGAUUAUGAUGCUAUUAAUUUAAAUGAAAUCAGGAAUCAUAAUAUAUUAAACAUGUGUUGAUGAAAUUCAGCAGUGAAUUAGUGAUCUAUUUAGGUUUAUGUGUGUUAUUGUAUACCUUGCUAUCGUUAGAAAGUGAAGGUGUAUAUUAGCAAACAAGCUAAAAAAGUUAAAAGCAGCAAGAGUAGAAUAAAUAUUCAAAGUUUUUGAAGUACAGAAUUCUGGUGUUAACUAAAUUAGAAAGAAGUUAUGGUGAACGUUGACCAUUGGCAUUGAGAUCUGAAGGGUCAACUAAGCCUUCCAACACAACAAGUUCAUCUAAAAGUGAGAGUUUUUCCUCUUCAAGAGAUUUAACAGCAUCUUGAAUCUCUUUUGUUUCUCUUCCAACAUUAAAGCUUUCUUCUUCUAAAAGUAAAUAUUUGCGUCUCAGGGAUCGAUAAUCAUUACCAGUAGAAGAAGAAUCGGGUAAAGAAUCAGAAGUUGUUGACUUUUCUUGUUGUUGGAAGAUUUGCGCUUCGUUUUUAGAGCUUCUUUUGGAACCCCCUUUUGUGUUGUUUUCUUGUGUUAGCUUCUUUGUAGUGGAUGGUUUUCUUUUUGUUGACUUUGGUGGUGUUGUUUCAUCAAUUGGAACCAUUCCAUGGUCUUGCAUUUCUUCAACUUGUAUAGUAUCUGUAUCUCAAUCUGAGCAGAAAGAUAAAAUGAGUUUCAAUCGUUG